GGAAGCCACUACCCCCACUCCACCGUCUCUUUGCUCUUCCAAACAUCACAUAUAACUCCCCUCCCACCGAGAAAGAAAAACGCAAACCGACACCACUAAGCCAACAUCAAAAACACCAUAGAACUGGGGAGAAUGCUAACGCACAAACUAAACUUUUUCCUCCUCUGGAUCUGCUUGUCCAUCACGCUAUCAUGUGAGAUCCAACUCAUACUAGUCAACAAUUGCAACCAUAGCAUAUGGCCUGGAACACUCGGGAAUGCAGGUCACCCGACCCCAGAAGAUGGAGGCUUCCAUCUUGAUGCGUUCGAGGAGACAUUCUUCGACGUGCCUACCGGCUGGUCUGGGAGGAUAUGGGCCAGGAAAGGCUGCAGCUUUGAUAAACAAGGCAAAGGCUGCUGUGAGACAGGGGACUGCAGCAGGCUACUCCAUUGCCAGGGCAUGAGUGGAACACCGCCAGCUACAGUUGUUGAGAUGACCUUUGGCACUGCCAGAUCACCACUUCACUACUAUGAUGUGAGCCUGGUGGAUGGGUUCAAUCUUCCAGUUACAAUGAAACCAAUCGGGGGACAGAAUGGGUGCGGUGCGGCAGGAUGUGAGGUGGACUUGAACGUCUGCUGCCCUUCCAGGUUUGAGGAGAAGCGGCAAGGGAAGGUGGUUGGGUGUAGGAGUGCAUGCCUGGCUCUGAAGAGGGACAAGUAUUGCUGCACUGGGAACUACAGUUCCCCAAAUAGUUGCAAGCCAACACUUUUCUCCCGCAUCUUCAAGUCCGUAUGCCCUCAUGCAUACAGCUUUGCCUAUGAUGACCCCACAAGCUUGAAGACAUGCAGGGCAUCACGAUAUCUCAUUACCUUCUGCCCUCCUGCAAGUUAAAGGAACAGGGGGUUAAUAUCCGUGUUUGCAUCUAGAUGGUAAUAAUAGUAACGCGUGCCUUUCAAGUUCUAUCUAUUUUGUGAUCAGUUUUUCUAGGAAUGCUGGUCUUCUGUGUUCAUGUAUUGUAUGAUUGCACAUAUAAGUGUCAGCCAACAAUCGACUGGGGAAAUAAAAGGAAUUUAAGUAUUGCAUGUUUGAACA